AAAAUUACAACAUUUACAUUAUAUAUGCAUAAAUGAAGUUAAGUAGUUUUUGUUUCAGCUGAACUAUUUUGAAUAAGAUUGUUGGUUUAAAAAAAGGGAUUAUAUCAACCUAGUGAGAUGAUUUGAUUUCUAAAAAAAAUUUAUUAUUAUCGAGAGUGUAGUGUGUAUACUUGUUUCAUUCCAUCUGUCUUCUGUUUGGAGUUUAGUGUUUGAGUACCAUCAAGGCAUUGUCCAGUGUUAAAUAUAAUAGUACAUAGUACACAGAACUAAAACUAAGUUUCUAAAACUAUAGACUGUGGUUUUGUUAUGUAAAAGUGGUAGAAGCAUCAGGAAGUUGUAAAGGAUGUAUAUUAUGAAAAUUCUUUUGAAAUGUAUUGUAUUACAGUGAGUUAUUAACAUACAACAUGACCUAUCAUAAUAGUUUUACAUCAUGGUAUAUUAAACUUUAACCUUUAUCCAUGGAACUGAAAUUAGGACUUAACGUUGAACUGGGUUUUCUCGGCAUGUAUUGCCGCAGUAGUUUAAUUGUGUUGAGUAAUAUAUGUGCAAGAUGUUUUUGUCGAAAGAGAUUUACUUUAACACGAUUAUUAGUGAUUUUAUUGAUCAUCAGUGUUAUAACUACCAUUUUUUCAAUUUCUUAUCUCAAUGUUCAUUUACGAUCAACCAAAAGACGGAAAAUCCCACCACUCCCAUUGUCCCCAUGUCGGGCAAACAUUACCGAUAUGAAAAACCCUUUCAAGAAAAUAUCACAUCAUACAAAAGAUGUGUUAAGAUUUGGUGAAAAAGUGUUGGUGUUGGUUGAUUUGCAGUUCUCGAAAGCUGGAACUAAAAUAAUACGUCUAUUAGAGGCUGUCAGAAUAGAAUAUAAAGUUGUAUCAACUGGACGUAAUUUACCAACAUUAACCCACUUAGACGAGGGCAAAUUUGCUGUGAUUAUCUUUGAAAAUUUUAAUGCAUAUAUUAAUAUGGAUAAUUGGAAUCGACAGUUAUUAGAUAAGUAUUGUUUAGAAUAUAAUGUGGGUAUAAUUGGAUUUGUACCAUCAACAACUGACAUGAUCACAGAAAUAGUACCAGGUUUUCCUUUAACCAUGGAAUAUAAUCAAAAAUUACAAGACUAUAAAUUAAAUCGCUUUUCUGAUGUUUGGAGAGUGACAAAAGCUUCUCAGUUUUAUGAGGGGCGUUUACCAGGAGAUUGGACUGUGUUUCGGACUAACCAUUCAACAUACGAACCUUUAUCAUAUUCAAAAAAACAAAGUCAAAAGUUUUCUGUGAGUAUAGAAGAUGAUGAUAACAAACCAGUAUCACCAGUGAUCUAUGAUAGUGGGAAAAUAGACAAUAUUAAACGUAUAUUAUUUGGCAGUACAUUAAGAUUUUGGUUACAUCGGUUGUUAUUAUUAGACAGUAUAUCAUAUUUAUCUCAUGGUAAAUUAAGUGUAUCAUUAGAUAGGUAUAUACAGAUUGAUAUAGAUGAUAUAUUUGUUGGUAAAGAAGGCAUUCGAAUGUUAGUUGAAGAUGUAGAGGCUUUGGCUCAGAAACAGGAGUUGUUUCAACAGAUAAUCCCUGGUUUUCAUUUUAAUCUGGGAUUUUCUGGCAGAUAUUACCUUCAUGGUUCUUAUGAUGAAGAUGCUGGAGAUAAAAAACUUUUAGAAUAUAGAGACAAGUUUUGGUGGUUUGGUCAUAUGUGGAGACAUGAACAGGCCCAUAAAUUUAACGAAGAAGCUCUCACUCUCGCAAUGCAGCAGAAUAAGAAAUUUGCACAGGAGAAUUUUAUACCAGUCAAACAGAACUAUGCUGUAGCUCCCCAUCAUUCAGGUGUUUAUCCUGUACAUGAAGAAUUAUAUAAAGCCUGGAGAAAUGUAUGGGAUGUGAAAGUUACUAGUACAGAAGAAUAUCCGAAAUUAAAUCCUUCCUUGAGAAGAAGAGGGUUUAUAUAUAAAGGAAUCAUGGUUUUACCACGACAAACAUGUGGACUGUAUACUCAUACACUGGUGUUGGAUGAUUAUCCUGGUGGUAAAAAAGGAUUAGAUGAUAGUAUAAAAGGUGGUGAAUUAUUUCAGUCUAUCCUCUAUAAUCCUAUAACUAUAUUUAUGACUCAUCUAUCUAACUAUGGUAAUGAUAGGUUAGCUCUAUAUACUUUUGAAGGUGCAUUAAAGUUCUUGAAAUGUUGGACCAAUUUUAAUCUAAAAUCUCUACCUCCACUUCAAUUGGCUUUAAAAUAUUUUGAAAUGUUCCCUGAAGAACGAGAUCCAAUAUGGCAGAAUCCAUGUAAUUAUAAAAGACAUCUUGUGAUAUGGUCUGCUAAUAAAACAUGUGAAAAGUUACCUAGUUUUAUGGUAGUAGGACCACAGAAAACAGGAACCACAGCUUUAUAUACAUUCUUAGCCAUGCAUCCAGGUAUAGUUAGUAAUUAUAAUAGUCCAGAUACAUUUGAAGAAGUCCAGUUUUUUAAUGGUAAUAAUUAUUAUAAAGGUUUAGACUGGUAUCUUGAAUUCUUUCCUGAUCCUUCCAACUCUACCUCACCAAUAAUCUUUGAAAAAAGUGCAACAUAUUUUGACAAUGAAGUGGUACCACAGCGAGCAUUUUCUCUACUUCCUAAAGCUAGAAUUAUCUGUAUAUUACUCAACCCUGCGAAAAGAGCUUAUUCUUGGUAUCAGCAUAUGAGAUCCCAUGACGAUCCCACGGCAUUAAGUUACAGUUUUUAUGAUGUUAUAUCAGCAAGUGAUAUAGCUCCUAGAAAAUUACGAGAUCUAAGAAAUCGGUGUUUAAACCCAGGAAUGUAUGCCCAACAUUUAGUUAGAUGGCUAGAUUAUUAUCAACCUUCACAGAUCUUUAUUAUUGAUGGUGAACAGCUCAAAAAUGAUCCUAUUAAUGUCAUGCAUAGAGUUCAGAGGUUUUUACAAGUUGAAAAGUAUUAUGAUUACAGUCAGCAUCUCAGGUAUGAUCCUAAGAAAGGGUUUUUCUGUGAAGUAUUGAGUAAUAAUUUUAGGAAAAGGAAAAGGAAGAGCUAUCCACCUAUGACAGAUGAAGAAACUUUAUUUUUAAAACAAUAUUACCAUAAAUAUAAUGUAGCUCUAUCUAAACUAUUUGAAAGAUUACAUAUAACAGCUCCAUCUUGGUUAGAAGAAAUUUACGAGAUGAAGAGAAAUGAACUGACUACAGUUUGAGCUCAUUGUGACAUUGUGUUACAAAUGCUGGACAUUUUUCAAAUUCCUGUGUAACUGUGGGAAGCUGAAACUUGGGUCUAUUAAUUUGGUUAUAAAUUAUGGUUUAAUUUCAAGAGUUUAUACUAUUACUCAAAAAAAAUCCAACAACCCUUCUGACAUUACAUUUAUGGGAAGAUAAUGUGAGAAAUUGAACUAGGAUUUUAUUAUGUUAUAAUAUGUGUGUUGUCUAGGUUUAUAUUCCUUUUGGUUAUAAAUAAUGUACUAUUGUCAAUUUCCUGCCUCCUUUGUAGUUUUUAAAUCCAUUAAAAUUGGCCCGUGUGUGAUUUCAGAAAUCUUCAUUGUCUUUAUUUAUGUGCUAAAUUAUCUUGGAAGAUAUCAGUCUCAUUAUAUAUUAUAUUGAGAUUAUAGUGUGUAUUGAAAACAUUCUGAUUCAUAGAUUAGCUGUAUAUUUUUAUAGUGAAAAUAAAUUAUAGAAUAUGAA